AUGAGAGGCGCCGGACUUAUCCUCGCGGCGGCGGCAUCCGUCCGCGCCGCGUGCGACUGGAAGAACGUGCACACCGGAGGCGGCGGCGGCUUCGUCCCGUCCAUCCAAUUCCACCCUACCGAGAAGGGAGUCGCCUACGCCCGAACCGAUAUUGGUGGCCUCUACCGUCUGAACGACGACGAUUCCUGGACACCGGUGACCGAUGCUAACGGCUUCGCCCACGAUGGAAACUGGAAUAGAUGGGGAAUUGACGCGUUAGCCCUAGAUCCUGCGGAUGCGAACAAGGUGUACAUCGCAGCAGGCAUGUACACCAACGAUUGGGACCCGAACAACGGCACAAUCGCGCGAAGCUCCGACAAGGGACAGACCUGGGAGACAACGGCGCUUCCCUUCAAGGUCGGCGGCAACAUGCCCGGCCGCGGAACCGGCGAGCGUCUGGCCGUCGACCCCAAGAACCCCGAGAUUCUAUACUUCGGCGCCCGUAGCGGCAACGGUCUCUGGAAGUCCACGGACGGCGGUGCGACUUUCUCCAAGGUCUCUUCUCUCGAGGCCGUCGGUACCUUCCGCCCUGGCCCUGCGACUGAUGCAUACAACGGCGACCUCCAGGGUCUGACCUUUGUCACAUUUGACGAGACUUCCGAGGUCGUCGGCGGCGCCACCUCCAGGAUCUUCGUCGGUACCGCUGACAACACCACUGCUUCGGUCUUCGUGAGCACGGAUGCCGGCGCUACCUGGGGACCUGUUGCGGACCAACCUGCCAAGUUCUUCCCUCACAAGGCCAGACUCUCGGUGGCUGAGAAGGUCAUCUAUUUCACCUACUCCGACGGAACAGGCCCGUACGACGGCACUCAGGGUGCUGUCUACAGAUACGAUCUCACAUCUGGAAAGUGGACUGACAUCACUCCCACGUCUGGCAGCGAUCUUUUCUACGGCUUCGGCGGUCUUGCUGUUGAUGCCCAAAAGCCCGGCACCAUCGUCGUUGCUACCCUGAACAGCUGGUACCCCGAUGCUCAGCUUUUCCGAUCCACUGACUCUGGCGCUACAUGGAAGAAGAUCUGGAACUGGGGUGCCGACGGCAAGGUUGCUCCUCAGUACACCAUCGGCGCAAAGAACGCUCCUUGGAUCGAAACCAACUUCCUCGACAUCGACACGAAGAAGCUCGGCUGGAUGAUUGAGUCCCUUGAAAUUGAUCCCCACGACAGCGACAGAUGGUUCUACGGCACCGGUCUCACCAUCUACGGCGGCCACGACUUGACAAACUGGGAUAAGAACCAGACCGUUACUAUCGAGAGUCUUGCCUCUGGUAUUGAGGAGAUGGCUAUCUCCAGCCUGGCCAGCGCCCCUGGUGGUUCCGAACUUCUCAUGGCCACUCUCGACAACAACGGCUUUACCUACGACUCUGUUGCCGCGCUCGAGACGGCUCCCAAGACCGCCUGGACCAACCCUUGGUGGGCUAGCAGUGUUUCCGUUGACUUUGCGGGCAACGAUGUCACCAAGGUUGCUCGUAUCGGCAAGGUCACUGGUACUCCUCAACUGGCUCUUAGCAGCGAUAGUGGUGCUACGUGGGCGGUUGUCAACGCAACUGGUACCACGGCUGCUGAUGGCACCGUUGCUUACUCUGCUGAUGGCGAUGUGAUCCUCUGGUCUACGUUGAACGAGGGCGUCCUUGCUAUCCGCAACCAAGGCAAGCCGGAGAACGUCACUCUUCCAGCCAGCAGCGUCAUUGCCAGCGACAAGAAGAACGGCACCGUCUUCUACGCCGGCUCCAAGGCGACCUUCUACGUCUCCACCGACGGUGCGGCCACCUUCACCGAGUCUGCCGCCUCUGCUCUCGGCAACUCCACUGAGAUCCGCCACAUUGCAGCUCACCCUACCCAAGCUGGUGAACUCUGGGUUUCCACCGAUGCCGGUAUCUUUCACAGCACUUCUUACGGACAGACCUUCACUCCUCUUGCCUCCAGCCCCGCCAACGCCCACGCCAUCUCUGUCGGCAAAGGUGACGGCACCACCUGGAACUUGUACGUCUUCGGUAACGGCGCCGAGGGCAAGAAGCUGUACGGCAGCGCGGAUGCUGGUGCUACUUGGACAGAUAUCCAGGGCUCGUACAGCUUCGGUGCUAUUGACGGCGCUGCUCUGGUUGGGUCUGCCAACGAGGCCGGCGUUGUGUAUGUUGGUACCAACGGCCGUGGUGUCAUGUACAGCUCGUGCCCGAUUUCCAACUCUACCGCUCCUGCUGCGUCUCCUGCGAGAAGGCAUCUGCGUGGCCGCCCGAUGAGGCUUGGAAGGGCUCCUCACAGGCACAUGCAUUGA